AUUUACAGUCACAAUAAUCAUUCCAGAUCUUUCCAACAAGCUUCUUCCAUCACUAUCAGAAACAAAUUAACAAUGACCGCCGGAGCCGCCGCCGAUGCAAGGUCAACUUCUCCGACCCCAUUUCUAUCAAAAACAUACAGUAUAGUCGAUGAUCAUUCCACCGACGAAAUCAUUUCAUGGAACAAAGAAGGAUCUAGUUUCAUAGUAUGGGAUCCAUCUCAAUUCGCUAAAACCCUUCUUCCCAAGUUCUUCAAACACGACAACUUUUCCAGUUUCAUUCGUCAACUCAACACCUAUCAAUUCAGAAAGAUCGUGCCUGAUAGAUGGGAAUUCUCAAAUGAGAACUUUCAAAGAGGGAAAAAACAUCUUCUCUGCCAGAUUUCUCGGCGGAAGUCUGUUAUUACAUUUACAUCAUCACCUGAUCAAGUUCUACCAUCGAGUGAAGAAGAACAAGGGACUAAUUCUUCGUCGAUUUCGAGUUCUGGGAAUAAUUUGGAACUGAUUGAAGAAAAUGAAAGGUUAAGGAAUGAGAAUAAUAAACUUAGUAGGGAGUUGAGUGAGAUUAGAAGUUUGUUUCAGACUAUAAUCUCUAAGACUUCGAACUAUGUUAAUAAUUAUCAAUUGCAAGAAGAGAGUUCUUUGCCGGCGAUGAAACAGCUUGAUCUUUUGCCGGUGGAGGUGGAGGGAGAUGAAGAAUCGGUUAGUACGAAACUGUUUGGGGUUCGUAUUGGGGCGAAAAGACAGAAGAGAAUUAAUGGCUGCGGGGAGAAGGCAGAGGUGUACGGAUGUCCGGAGUUGCAGCUUGGACAGUAUAGUGCUGUUUGAUGAUGAUGAUGAGGGAGAUGGGUAUUUUCGUAAUUUAAAGAAAUUCUAAAUUUGUAAAUAAGUUUUGAGAGAGUUGGUGAACUAAUCGAGGUUUAUUUGAU